AUCGUUUCGUCUGGUGAAAGUUGACUAUGGGCAGUCCAACUGCACCUAGACAACUGUCUUCAGUUCUGCUGCUCUCCUUGGUACCAGUCGCAUCAUGGUUCUUUAUUCGGCCCUUUAUAGAGCCUUUUCCCUCUGUACCAGCCCUCUACAUUUCGAUCGGCUUGUCGAUAUUUGCUUUACUAGCAACACUUUAUCUCGUACCUGCUCUUGGGCCGACGUUCAUCAAUGCUAACCUGAGAGGAAGAGACUUGUUGAAGACCUAUAACACCCAAAUCCCAGAGAGCUUGGGCCUCGUCUGUGCAUCUGUGUACAUUCUACUUCUCAUUAUAUUUAUACCCUUCGCCUUCUCGUCCAUAUCACUCUCGGAAUCUCGCCCACAAUUCACGGUCCACGAAGGCAUAAUCAUCAACACAUUUCCUCACUACCAGCUCUCUGUGUAUCUUUCGUCCCUACUGUCUCUCCUAAUCUCGACUCUACUGGGAUUCCUGGACGAUGUGUUUGACAUUCGGUGGCGCCACAAACUACCCAUACCAAUCAUCGCUUCCAUCCCUCUCCUCAUGGUAUAUUACGCCGAGAAAGGUAAUACCAACGUGGUUGUCCCAAUACCUCUUCGUGGAAUAUUUGGCACACUUCUAAACCUAGGCCCUCUAUAUUAUGCCUACAUGGCCCUCCUUUCGACCUUCACUACAAACAGCAUCAAUAUCCUUGCGGGAAUCAAUGGAUCUGAGGUUUCGCAAGCCUUGAUCAUCGCACUCUCUGUCGUUCUGAAUGACCUUCUGUACCUGCCUUGGCCAUUUGGGUUCAGCAUACCCAUGCACCUUCUCGGAAGCCCGUCCGAAGUCGAGGUCGGCGGUGUAUGGAGCGCGGGCAUGUCCUACGGGAGCAAGGAACUCGUUGAACGCCAUCUAUUCAGUCUUUAUUUCAUGUUGCCACUGGUGGGUGUUUGCCUGGGAUUCCUGUACCACAAUUGGUACCCCGCUCGUGCAUUCCCAGGAGAUACACUCUGCUAUGUCACCGGCAUGGCGUUUUCAGUCGUUGGCAUUCAGGCCCACUUCUCCAAGACACUCCUGCUGUUCUUCCUCCCACAAAUUUUCAACUUCGUGCUUUCAUGUCCACAGCUUUUCGGACUGGUGCCUUGUCCUCGCCAUCGUGUCCCACGAUUCGACCCAGACACGAACGUCCUCCACCCCUCUAAGGUCCUCUUCCUUAAAGCACCUUCGAACCUCACAACAUUCGUCCUCCGCACGCUCUCCGCUCUCCGCCUCACGGAACUCACGAUUCAUCCGAGCACGGGCCAGAUCCUCGAAGCUACCAAUCUCACGAUCCUCAACUUCUUACUUCUACGGUUCGGGCCUAUGAGCGAGAAGAGGCUCGUGCAAGUCUUAAUUUGCGUCCAGAUCGCGGGGAGUGUGGUUGCGUUUACGGUCAGAUACGGAUUGGCAGGCCUGGUGUACGACGGAGACAGACGGUGAUGAUUUUCCUCUUCACGGAAC